CAUAGCAUUACUGCGUAUUGAACUACUUUUUCUAUCAAAUUCAUUGUAUAACAUGAUGUUUUGGUGCUUAAUUUGUAAAAUCAUAACCUAAUUUGAUGUUUAAUAGGCUUUUCCUUAAUCCCUCCUUAUUAUCCAACAUAUUCACUUAUCCAACAUUCUGCCGGCCCAUUUAUGUUGGAUAAGUGAGACUCUACUAUAUGUAGAAACAUUUAUUAGGUCAGUGUUGAGUCGGCCUAACAUGCAAGCAAAAGAUAUAAAAAUUCAUAUUUGUUUUCUUGUAAACUGCAGAACUGAGUUAAUAUGAUAAAGAUUUCCUAUACUGUACUUGGUUCAGUUAUGAAUGAAAACAGAGACUAUACUAAAUUAGAUGACGACUGAGGCUUGGAAGGGGAGUGCUGAAGAAACUAGAUAAGAUUCUGAAGUGUAAAGACAUAUAAUUAAGUACUAAAAUCAGAAUCAUUCAGCACACAGGAUUUCCAAUUUCUAUGUAUUGUUGUGAAAGUGGGAGGAUGAAGAAAGCUGACAAGAAGAAAAUCAACCCAUCUGAAGCGUGGUGCUACAGAGCAUUAGCUUGUUCCUGUGAUUUGCUUUUUGUGUGAUCCGCUUUGUACCGGUGUCACCUACGGAAUACUGCCUGUGAUGCCAUGAAUGACUCAACACAUCUGCUCCUUCCAACAGAUGCACACAUUUCUGAAGAUGAAUCUUCCCAUGAUGAAGGCAGGGGAGGUGACGCCUUCCUCCCCCCCUCCCCACCCUGCAGUCGUGCAACCCUCCCAUGGGCUCCUGGUCGAGCCAACACUAGUUUGGAAACAUGUGCUUGGAGAGCAGGAAGGGCACCAACUCCUCUGUUGGAGCUGUCCUGAGGAGCAUCUGAACUGCUCCAUCCCAUUAGUUUGUUGUUUAUUCAUUCAGUCGCUUCCGACUCUUUGUGGCCUCAUGGACCAGCCCAUGCCAGAGCUCCCUGUCACUGGGGCCACCUCCAGCUCCUUCAAGGUCAAGCCAGUCACUUCAAGGAUACCAUCCAUCCAUCCAUCUUGCCCUUGGUUGGCCCCUCUUCCUUUUCCCUUCCAUUUCCCCCAGCAUCAUUCUCUUCUCCAAGCUUUCCCAUUUAGUAGCAGCCUAGUUCCCUUCUCUAGGCGUCUGAACUGCUCCAUCCCAUUGAGUAGCAGUCUAGCUCCCUUUUCAAAGCAUCUGAACUGCUCCACCCCAUUGAGUAGCAGCCUGAAGUGUAAAGACAUAUAAUUAAGUACCAAAAUCAGAAUAAUUCAGCAAACAGGAUUUCCAAUUUCUAUGUAUCGUUGUGAAAGCGGGAGGAUGAUUUCUAAGCAUCUGAACUGCUCCACCCCAUUGAGCAGCAGUCUAGUUCUGUUUUCUAAGCAUCUGAACUGCUCCAUACCGUGGAGUAGCAGCCUAGCUCCCUUUUCUAAGCCUGUGAACUGCUCCAUCCCAUUUAGUAGCAGCCUAGUUCCCUUCUCUAGGCGUCUGAACUGCUCCAUCCCAUUGAGUAGCAGUCUAGCUCCCUUUUCAAAGCAUCUGAACUACUCCAUCCCAUUGAGUAGCAGCCUAGUUCCCUUUUCCGCCCCCUAACCUAUUAUUCCUUGGGCUGACAGAGGUAUAGGAGGGGAGCGCUCCAAGCAGUGUCAUGGCAAUGUUCCUAUGCGCCUUCGCGCCAAUCCCCGAUUCGUGGCGUGCUUUUCUUGGCACGAUUUGAUCCGAGGGAGUUCUCGGCCUUCCUCUGAGGCUGAGAGACUGUGACUUCGCCCGAGUGGGACUCGAACCCCGCUCUACAGGAGCCCUGUCCACUUGCCACGCUGCCUCUCCUUCCCAUGCAUUGCAGAGCACCUCCAGCCUCCUUGGGGGCCCUGCGACUUCUCCUCAAAGGUGACUCCAGGAGCCAGGCGACUUGGGACCCGACGCGACUGCGGAUUACCUUUCUUCCCCUCCCGACGAGGCUUUAUUUCUUUGGGCGCCAACUCGGUGGCUGAGCGCCACCUGAAAUGGUCUUCCCAGCCUGGCUGUGAAGUUUGGCAGCGCCUGGAAAAGAGAGAGGGGAGGGAGGGAGGGCUUCUCCCGCCUCUUCCUCCUCCUCCUCCUCGCCGGGUUCCCGCCGCUCGCCUUGGCUCUUAAUCGCUUUCCUUCUUCUCGUCAGGCAGUGUCCUGGAGGAGAAGGCGCCCCAAGCCUCUCUCUGUCUCUCCCGUCUCCUCCUGAAGAGAGAGACCCCUGAGGGCUGCCUGCUACCUCUCCUCAGCUGCAUCAAGGGCUCGCCUUGCGCCGAGAAGGGACGGGGUGUGGAGGAGGCUUUCCUCGUUCCUGAGCGGCAUGGAGUGGGGCAGCCUGGGCGCCGCUUCUCCCACCGAAGGCUCCCGGGAGAGGUGAGCCGCAUGAAGAAGGAGGCGGCGGGGGAGGAGGGGGCGGCGGCUCCGUGUUCUCUCUAGAGGGUGGGCCAUGGGGUCCAACGGCACCGAGGGGGCGCCCCCCAACGCCUCCGCGCCCUUGCCCCCCGGCGCCUGCCCCACGCCGCCCGCCGAGCCCGAGCACAACUUCGCCGCCCUGGCCUUCGGCGUCUUCCUCAUCCUCUUCAUCAUCGGCGGGAACCUGCUGGUCUGCCUCAGCGUCUGCACCGAGAAGGCGCUCAAGACCACCACCAACUACUUCAUCGUCAGCCUCGCCGUGGCCGACCUGCUCCUCGCCCUCCUCGUCCUGCCCCUCUUCGUCUACUCCGAGUUCCAGGGAGGUGUAUGGUCCUUGAGCACAGCCCUCUGUGAUGCCUUGAUGACCAUGGAUGUGAUGUUAUGCACAGCCUCUAUUUUCAACCUCUGUGCGAUCAGCGUGGAUAGGUUCAUCGCUGUCUCUAUCCCACUGAACUACAACCGUCGGCAAAUCGAUCUGCGGCAAACGGUUCUCAUCUCCACCACCUGGAUCUUUGCAUUUGCUGUGGCCUCCCCAGUAAUUUUUGGCCUAAACAAUGUUCCAAACCGGGACCCUACUUUGUGUCAGCUGGAGGAUGACAACUACAUUGUGUACUCUUCCAUCUGCUCCUUUUUCAUUCCUUGUCCUGUCAUGCUGGUCCUCUACUGUGCCAUGUUCCAGGGACUUCGGCGUUGGGAGGAGGCUCGGAAGGCCAAGCUGAAGAGCAGCAUUUAUUUGGGCAAUAGGCGGCUGUAUUGUCCACCGCCAGUAAUUGAGAGGAACCAGAGUGGGAUUAGGUUGGAGGAGAACAACCUAUAUGCACGCUCUGAAUGCUCUUAUCCUAAGGAUUACAUGAACAAUGGCAUUCAGACUAUAACCUGUCCACACCUCAAAUAUCCACCACAUGGAGGACUCAAAAGGAAGCCAGCCAAAAUCAAUGGCCGGGAAAGAAAAGCCAUGAAAGUGCUGCCAGUUGUGGUUGGUGCUUUCCUUUUCUGCUGGACUCCUUUCUUUGUGGUCCAUAUAACCAGAGCUCUGUGUACAUCCUGCACCAUUCCCAGUGAAGUCACCAGUAUAGUCACAUGGCUGGGAUACGUCAAUAGUGCCCUAAACCCGAUCAUCUACACUGUCUUCAACACCGAGUUUAGGAACUUCUUUCGGAAAGUUUUGCACAUCUUCUGCUAACUCUGCUGGAUUCUAAAUAUGGACUCUGAAUAUAGAACAGAAUGGGACUCUGAAUAUAGAACAGAGGGUAUUUCACAGUGCACUAAAAACCAGACAAAAACAACACCUUUGUAUAGUUUAUUAAAGAUUUAUUUCUUGGUACA